CGGUGCGGCCUGGCUUGCAGGCUAGAGGCGGCCGAGGCACCGGGAGGAGCGAGCCCCGAUUCUCCCCCGGAGCGUGGCGCGGGCGGCGCGGGGCCUGAGCAGCAGCCGCCGCCGCCGCCACUGGAGCCGGACGCCGAGCGGGACGCGGGCCCUGAGCAGGCCCAGACCAGCUACCGCGACCUGUGGAGCCUGCGCGCCUCGCUCGAGCUGCAUGCGGCCGCCUCGGACCACAGCAGCAGCGGCAACGACCGCGACUCGGUGCGCAGCGGCGACAGCUCGGGCUCGGGUUCCGGGGGCGCGGCGCCCGCCUUCCCGCCGCCCUCCCCGCCCGCGCCGCGGCCCAAGGACGGCGAGGCGCGCCGGCUGCUGCAGAUGGACAGCGGCUACGCCAGCAUCGAGGGCCGCGGCGCCGGCGACGACACCGAGCCGCCCGCCGCGCCCGCCCGGCCCCGCAGCCCCCGCGCCUGGCCCCGACGCCCGCGCCGCGACUACAGCAUCGACGAGAAGACGGACGCGCUGUUCCACGAGUUCCUGCGCCACGACCCGCACUUCGACGACACGCCGGCCGCCGCGCGACACCGCGCCCGCGCGCACCCGCACGCCCGCAAGCAGUGGCAGCGCGGCCGGCAGCACAGCGACCCCGGCGCCCGCGCGGCCCCGGUCCUGGCCGGAACCCCGGCACCGCCUGCCGGUGCGGCCCGACCCGCGCGUGCGCCCUUGCGGCGUGGCGACAGCGUGGACGGCCCGCCCGACGGCCGUACCCUGGGCGGCGCCGGCGACGACCCCGCCAUCCCCGUCAUCGAGGAGGAGCCGGGCGGCGGGGGCUGCCCCGGCUCGGGCCUCUGCGUUGUACCCACCGCGGCGGUGCUGGACAAGCUGGCGGCCGGCCUCGAAGAGAGACUCUUUCCGCCACGUCUCUCCGAGCCCGUCGUGGCGGCUCCCUCAUUGGUCGCCGCCGCUCCCACGUCCCCCGACCACAGCCCGGCCUAAAUCCCGCGUCCUGGGCCCAUCUCUCUGGCAGCUUCUCCGGCGCCGCGCGGGGCCUCGGCGGCGGGAGAGACGUGGGGGCGCGGCGCCCCGACGCCCAUGCGCUGGAACCGUGGGCCCUUCGCGCACGCGCGGGACGACCGAGGCGCCCUCGCCGCUUCAGGGCGCACGCGCAGAGCCCCGGCCGCCCUCGCGCGGUCGAAGUGCGCACUGCUCUGUCCGGUGCUUGCCGGGUGCUGGGCGUCGUGAGGCGCGGGGCGCGGAGACCCCGGCUGGGCGGGAACGAAGGGGCGUGAACGGCUCCGAGCUUCGGGCUCCUGCCCUCCGUCCCGGAUCGGGCGGCCGAUUAGACACUCGCAGGGCCCGCCACCCGAGGGACGCACAGCCCACCAGGCCGGAUGGAGCCGCCGCGUGCCGGGCGCGUGCGCGAGCUCGUCCGGGUUGGGGCCGCGGGGCGCUAAGGACCGCAGACGAGUUCACCGCCCUGGGCCGGGAGGCGGCUCAACACCGUGACUGCCGACCCCCGAGACCGUUUACCUCACCGCGGCGUGUGCUGGCGGCAGCCCGCGCCGCCUCCGAGCAAUAACUGCGCCGCCGCCGCUGCUGCCGCCGGCCCUGGGGGAGCUGGCCCGGCCCUCCCGUCCCCGAGUCCCCACUGCCCUCCGCAUGUGAAUGGCGCCCGCCCCGCUGCCGCCCCAUCCACGUUGAGACGCGAACAAAACCCAGACGGCCAGGUCCAAGCUUCCCAAGCUUUAUUUAUUGCCAAAUUCGGGCGCCCUCGCCCGCACCACGCCCUCCGAGCCCCCGCCGCGUCUGCACCAUCCCGCGGUGGCGUUUCUCGUGUUUUUGUUUUCUGGAUGAUUAUAAAUACUGACUGCACACGC